AUGGCUGGGGAAAGGGAAGUGCGGCGACUGUGCUUUAACCAGCUGGUGCUGGGGAAGGAGCUAGCGGAAUUCUAGCCGGUGUGGAGACGUGCUUCAGGGAUGGGACUUCUCUAACGUUCCCAAGGACUCAGGUAAUAAUGGCCCCGGGGUAGUAGGCUUUUAAUGGGCUCUCUACCGUAAUUUUGUUAUUAAACUCUUGCACCCUUGGUUACAACUUAAAAGAACAAAAUCCUUUUUGCUUGCAUCAUCGAGUAUUGAACACACCAAAGGAGUGGAGUAGAAAGUCUUCGGGGUGGGCUGCUUUGGUGGAGCAGAAUUCUGUGAGAAGUCAAAGGCAAACAGUGACUGUUUUUGAGGAAGGGUAGUAAAAUGUCUGGCGGAGGAAGAUGGCCUUAGGUAAGCCUCCCUGGGUUGUGUAAUCAUUCACUUAACAGCUCUGUGCUAGCCAUUAGGAACAAACACAGAAAGGAAUAAGAUAUCUCUCUUACUUCCAGAAACAACCAUCCUAGUUGGGUAGUCAAAAAAUUAAAACUAGGGGCGCCUGGCUGGCUCAGUCGGUAGAGCAUGGGAUUCUUGAUCUCGGGGUUGUUGAGUUCAAGCCCCACAUUCAGUACAGAGAUUACUUAAAAAUAAAAUCUUAAAAAAAAAAUUUCAAACCAGUCCUAGGGUGGCCUGGCUAUGAGCGCUGCAUGCUAGAGGAGCCCAGAGCAGGGCCACCCAGCUCAGGGGAGGCCCACAGACGAGGUAAUGCUGGGACUGAGCGCUGAGAACCUCUUCACUGGGAAAACAAAGCAGGGAAGUUUGUUCCAGCCUGAGGGAACAGAAAGCUCAAAGUCACCAAAAGGGAAGGAGGGGAUGGUAAGUGUGGGGAGAGUUCACAGUGUGCCCCCAGAGGGAAGGAGGAUCUCACUGAAGCUGGAGUGAUGAGUUCAGCGUGGUGUCCUAGAAAGUCUGCUCUGGUGGUUGGGUGGGGGCCUGAAGGAUGUGACCAAGGCCACGCAGUGCCCAGGCCAGAGUUACUGACACAGAGAAGAUUGGCAAUGCUGAAGAAGGAUGGAAGGAUCCAAGAGAUAAAGAGGUGGGACCUGGUGACAGGCUCCGGUGCAGGUAAGGUAACUUAGACCAAAACUAAGUGCCCAAAAGCUCAGGAGAAAACAAAGCAAAGCAAAAGGAAUGGAUAUUUUGAGUGGCCUGAGUUUAGCAGAUUACAACACUUGGACAGUGAAUUCGGCUCUAAAUUUUCUGGCAGCUUCGAGACAAACAAAAAUACACUGAAUUGCACAGUUUGGGAUUUUGGACAACAGAAAGCUUACAAAUUAAUUUUCAGAACAAAAUUUUUCCUGGAAUUAACUCAACAGGGAAUUUGUCAUGAGGAACUUUGUGUAAAGACUAAAGAGUGACAUAGAAAAAAAAUCUUCAUUGUUGGUGUUACAAAAGAUGGGAAGAUAAAAUUCCGCGUGACUAUCUUCCUAUACCAUCUUCCUGUUAUGACUUGGGAACUCGCUUGCAUUUCUGUGGGCUGCUGAGUGUCGCUCAGGCUUGUGGGCAGUGGCGGGGCAGGCAGCUGGAGCCAGGGGAAUUCUGUGUGGAGGAGCCCAUUUUCUCAAGUGGAGGAAGAAGUGACACGAGCUCUGAUGGAUGUAGAGAGCAGAGCUCUGAUGGAUGUAGAGAGCAAAGCACGCCGGGUGCCCACCAUGACAGAAAGGAAGCAAGUCACAGAAUGGUCCACAGCCCGCUGGGCUGAGACUCUGGUCUGGUGAAGGGUCCACUAGGGCAGCGUGCAUCCGGAAAUCCUGACCAAAGGAAAAUGGGGAGUGAGAGCAGCAUUUGAGGAUUCCGCUCCGAUGGGCAGAGCACUUCCCCCACCGUGGUCCAAGUCUUUCUACCCUCAGACCUGAUGGCGACUUGGAGCUCCUCUUGGUGCUGACAUGAUGACAGUGUGCAGGCCAGCCAAGGGCAGCCACAUCCAGACUGAAAGCCUGAGCUACAAAUUGGCUGACAAGGUCAAGGUGGAAGGUCCAAAGGCUGGGGAAGACCCUCGAAGGCUGCCAUUUAAGUCCCCCAUUCCUUUCCCAGAGACUGAUCAGGAUUCACCCCCCAGAAGAAGCUCAUUGGAAAGUCUCAAUAACCUGAUGCUAGAGUCAAGAGUGGACUGUUUUCAGCAGAACAUGUUCAGCUCAAAUAUGAUCAUCAGUGACCCAGCUUCAGAUCUCAGUGCUAAAGAAGCCAGCAAGGCGGGCAAGGGGCAGCUCAGUGGCAUUCAGAACCCCUGCCCUCCUCCCCGAGGCGGGGCCCUGAACAAGCCCCUCAGCAUAAAGGACAAGAUAUCCGAAUGGGAAGGGAAAAAGGAGUUGCCUACUCCUGCACCCGGCAGGAAAGCAGAUGGGCAGGAGGACUACCUGAUGUCCUGUGUGAUGGGGAGGAGAAGCAGUGAUGGUGUGAGAGCAUGGGUCACGGAGGUUCAGGAUGGAACCAGGCCCGAGACAGAGAGCAAAGAAAAUGAGAGGAAUAAAGGGGUCGUGAAAGUCGGGGGACAGGAUGCAGAGCCAAGGCAAGACCUCAGCCAACCAGCUGGGCAGCUGGCACCCAGCUUGGGCAGAGGCCGAGAGCCCAGGCUGGGCAAGCAGCGCUUUCCAAACGAUAGCCUCUCCGUGCUGAGGCAGGUCAAGAAACUGGAGCAGGCUCUGAAGGAUGGGUCGGCGGGGUUGGAUCCCCAGUUACCUGGGACUUGUUACUCCCCACACUGCCUGCCAGAUAAGGCUGAGGAUGGGCCUGCCCUUCCUGAGAACCGUGGGGGCGGGCGUGGCUCGGAAUUCAGGUCCCACCACUGGGACCUGGAGGCCAGGGAGCCCGCUCCUGAGGCCGCAGAGGAAAGGAAAGGCUCCUGCAGGAGUCCCUGCGACCAGAUCCUGGAGGGUGUGGACAGGAGCUCGGAGGGCUCCCCUGCAAAACCCUUCAUCAACCCCCUGCCCAAGCCCCGGAGAACGUUCAAACACGAUGGAGAAGGGGACAAGGACGGGAACCCAGGCAUCAGCUUCCAGAAGGAUAAAAGGCACCUGCCUCCUCUGCCUUCUCUACCUCCCCCGCCCCUGCCCUCCUCCCCCCCGCCCUCCUCCGUGAACAGAAGACUAUGGACCGGGAGGCCGAAACCCAGUGCUGACCACAGAAAGUCCUAUGAGUUUGAAGACUUACUGCAGUCUUCCUCUGAGAACAGCAGGGUGGACUGGUAUGCACAGACUAAGUUGGGGCUUACACGCACUUUAUCAGAGGAGAACGUCUAUGAAGACAUUCUAGAUCCGCCAAUGAAGGAAAACCCUUACGAGGACGUUGACUUACAUGGUCGCUGCCUGGGGAAGAAAUGUGUCUUGACCUUUCCUGGUUCUCCCACUUCUUCCAUUCCUGACACACCCUCCAAGCAGUCAUUGGCCAAACCUGCUUUUUUCCGGCAAAAUUCAGAGAGGAGGAACUUCAAAUUGCUGGACACCAGGAAGCUGAGUCGGGAUGGAUAUGGGUCCCCUUCCAAAAUCAGCCCCCCCUCCACCCCCAGCAGCCCUGAUGACACUUUCUUUAACCUUGGAGACCCACAGAAUGGCAGGAAGAAGAGAAAGAUACCCAAGCUGGUGUUGCGAAUCAAUGCCAUUUAUGAGGCCCGGAGAGGGAAGAAACGCGUGAAGAGGCUCUCCCAGUCCACGGAGAGCGGCUCGGGAAAAGUGACAGAUGAGAACAGUGAGUCUGACAGUGACACGGAAGAGAAGCUGAAAGCUCACAGCCAGCGCCUGGUCAAUGUGAAGUCCCGCCUGAAGCACGCUCCCAGAUACCCGUGCCUUGACCGGGAGCUCAUGGAGUACCAGCAGAGGCAGCUGUUCGAGUACUUCGUGGUCGUGUCCCUGCACAAGAAGCAGGCCGGGGCUGCGUAUGUGCCAGAACUCACCCAGCAGUUCCCUCUCAAGUUGGAAAGGUCUUUCAAGUUCAUGAGAGAGUCUGAGGACCAGCUGAAGGCUAUCCCUCAGUUCUGUUUCCCUGAUGCCAAGGACUGGACUCCUGUCCAGCAAUUUACCAGUGAAACCUUCUCAUUUGUCUUAACUGGAGAAGAUGGGAGCAGACGGUUCGGUUACUGCCGAAGACUGCUGCCUGGUGGCAAAGGGAAGCGUCUCCCUGAAGUUUACUGCAUCGUGAGCCGCCUGGGAUGCUUCAGCCUCUUUUCAAAGAUCUUGGAUGAGGUGGAAAAACGGCGAGGCAUUUCUCCUGCCCUGGUACAGCCCCUCAUGAGGAGUGUCAUGGAAGCCCCUUUCCCAGCACUGGGCAAAACCAUCGUUGUCAAGAACUUCUUGCCAGGAUCGGGAACUGAGGUGAUUGAACUGUGCCGCCCACUGGACUCCCGGCUUGAGCACGUAGACUUUGAGUCUCUCUUCUCCUCUCUCAGCGUCCGCCACCUGCUCUGUGUGUUUGCCUCCCUGCUUCUGGAAAGAAGGAUCAUCUUCAUCGCAGACAAGCUCAGCACGCUGUCCAAGUGCUGCCACGCUAUGGUGGCCGUCAUCUACCCCUUCACCUGGCAGCACACCUACAUCCCCGUGCUGCCGCCCGCCAUGAUCGACAUCGUGUGCUCACCGACCCCCUUCCUCGUCGGGCUGCUCACCAGCUCGCUGCCGCUGCUGCGGGAGCUGCCACUGGAAGAGGUCCUUGUGGUCGACCUCGUCAACAAUCGGUUCCUCAGACAGAUGGAUGACGAGGAUUCCAUCCUCCCCAGGAAGCUUCAGGUGGCCCUGGAGCACAUUCUGGAGCAGAGGAAUGACCUGGCUAGUGACCAGGAUGAAGGGCCCCCAGACUGCAAGCACGGCCCCGAGUCCAGCCCCUUGAAUGAGGUGGUGUCCGAAGCCUUCGUCCGCUUCUUCGUGGAGAUCGUGGGCCACUACUCCCUGUUCCUGACGGCGGGCGAGCGCGAGGAGAGGACCCUGCAGCGAGAGGCCUUCCGCAAAGCCGUCUCCUCCAAGAGCCUCCGCCGCUUCCUGGAGGUUUUCAUGGAGACCCAGACCUUUCGGGGCUUCAUCCAGGAGCGGGAGCUGCGCCGGCAGGAUGCCAAAGGUCUGUUUGAGGUCCGAGCCCAAGAGUACCUGGAAACACUCCCCAGUGGAGAACACAGUGGUGUCAAUAAGUUCCUGAAGGGACUCGGCAAUAAAAUGAAGUUUCUCCACAAGAAAUAACCUCCAGCCCAGCCUCAAGGGACAACUUCCUCCUGGUUACAACCACAUUUUUUACAGAAACAGCCCUGGUGGCCUUUCUGGAACGCUGGGUCCUGGUUGUGCGGGGUAAAGGCCGGGAUGGUUUCAGGCUGCCGCAGGGCCUCCCCAGGACCCAGGGCCCGGCAGGGGCUGCUCCCGCAGAACAGCCCUGGAAAGGGGACCUGCGACCAGGCAUGGCAGCAACUUCCAGAUGGAUUGUUUGGGUUGUUGGGUUUGGGAUUUUUUCUAUUUUUUACUCUUAGGUAUUAAAAGAAAGAAAAGUG